GCCUCCGGGCGACCGCCGCUGGUGGUGUUGCAGAUGAGGAGGAGGCGGCUGCGGUGUUGGAAGAGGAGGAGGCGGCGGCGGCGGUGGUGUGGGGAACUGGAACGCGAGCGGAGAUGGUGCCCUUGGUUCUGCUCAGUAGGGUCAGAGUUCCAACUAGUGCUGCAGACACCCAGCAUGUGCUGACCUGGUGACAACCAUAGUCACCAUAAUUAGUGAUUAGAUAUCACUCAACAAAGUGGCUUCUAAGAGAAAAGUACCUGUUUGUUCCCUGGCCAGUUUAAAAGAGCAAGUUCUAGACAUGGCAUUCUGAAAGUGAUGUUUUGAGUGGCUGCAUUUAGCACAGAGGUGGUUUGUUUCCUGUCGAUGGAAUGUUGAGGCAAGCUGGCCAGCAUCAGAGAGGCUGUCCAAUCAGAAGGGGGCCGCUCUAAAGGCUGGGCCACCUGCACCAUGGGCCAGUGUGUCACCAAAUGCAAGAAUCCAUCAUCUACGUUAGGCAGUAAAAAUGGAGAUCGGGAUCCCAGUGGCAAAUCCCACAGUAAGCGCAGCGGGAGCCACCGAGAUGACCAUGCACCAACUUGUGGGAAGCCUGGUGGUGACAUCCUUGUCAAUGGGACCAAGAAGGCAGAGGCAGCCUCAGAGUCUUGUCAGUUUUCAACAUCAUCUGGAGAUGCCAGGAGGGAUCUGGAGUCCAACACUGAGGAGUCCUCCCUACAGAGGAUGGAGGAACUAUUUAGGCGUUAUAAGGAUGAGCGGGAAGAGGCGAUUUUGGAGGAAGGCAUGGAACGCUUCUGUAAUGAUCUGUGUGUUGAUCCCACAGAAUUUAAAGUGCUGGUCUUGGCUUGGAAAUUCCAGGCUGCUACCAUGUGCAAGUUCACAAGGAAGGAGUUUUUUGAGGGCUGCAAAGCCAUAAGUGCAGACAGCAUUGAUGGGAUUUGUGCUCGGUUCCCCAGUCUCUUAAAUGAAGCCAAACAAGAGGAUAAGUUCAAGGAUCUCUACCGCUUUACAUUUCAGUUUGGCCUGGACUCUGAAGAAGGGCAGAGGUCACUGCAUCGGGAAAUAGCCAUUGCCCUUUGGAAGCUGGUCUUUACCCAAAACAACCCCCCUGUAUUGGACCAGUGGUUACACUUCUUAACAGAAAAUCCCUCGGGAGUCAAGGGAAUCUCCCGGGACACAUGGAACAUGUUCCUAAACUUUACUCAGGUGAUCGGACCCGACCUCAGUAACUACAGUGAAGAUGAGGCCUGGCCUAGUCUCUUUGAUACCUUUGUGGAAUGGGAGAUGGAGCGAAGGAAAAAGGGAGAGGAAUCAAAAUGUCUGACAACUUCAGACACAGAGAGCCUGUGUCAAGAGGAGCAGACUUACCAGUAUGUGUGAGCAGCUGUGACAGAACCACCUGCUGUAUAUUGUCCUUCAGCCAGUGGAGAACUUGGAACUUUCUGGAAAUUACUGAGGAUCCGGAUAUUUUCUACUUUACACCUUUCUCUGCCUUGUAUUUGAAAGGGCUCUAAAAUGCUGUAUCAUGUUUUAGGCACUUUCUUCAUUUUUAGUUAUUCUUUUUAAACAUUUUUUUUUUGGCCCUGAAAUAUUUGACCCUGGCUACAUGUGUAAUUUUUUUAAAGCCUUCAGAUAGAGUGAGUCUGCCAUUUCUUGCACAAUUUAGAUUUUUUGAGGGGUGGGGAGGGUUAGGUUGAAUUAACAUUACAAAAUGAUACAGUGCCAGAUCUCAGUUUUGCAUACUACAUUUUUCAGGGCAGGUCUGUACUGUGUGUAGUGCUGUUUACAUGGUUGAAUUUAGGUUGUAAUAAUUAUUUUACAAGAUUUACACAGAGUUGAAUAGCAGUGUUAACUGUUAACCACUUUGGGUUAAUUCCCAGACAAUUUGAAGUUCUGAAAACAAAGGAAAAAAUUUGAAGUCUGGUGAAAUCCUAUUUUAAGCUAAUUCAUUAGAAACCCUAAUAUUUUCUUCCUGUUCAUUCCUUCCUUCACCCAUUGCAUUACAUAGUUUAUUCAUCGACAUGCUGUGCCUGUCAUUCAAGUGAGCGGUUUCUAAUACAUUGUACUGAAAACCACUUAAGCAUCAAAUGCAGAGAAAGCAGUGCUACCUCAGUUUUGCUGGAAGUAGACCUCUUUGAUAGUUUUCUGUCUUUGAUGAAGUUGCUGUAUUUUCAUGUUCUAAGUGGAAAUACUUUAUUUUUAUUUGACUCGGAGCCAAAGGUUCUGUUCCCCAUGGUUGGCAAACUCCAUGCCCACUGGCCAACUAACUUGAAGGAAAACUGUGGUAUGGAGCUCUGCUUGAAUUUUAUUUUGAUCUCUCAAGUAUCAUCAGCUUACUUGUCUGGCAAGUGCAGGAAGCCUGGGCUGGCCUCAAUGCUGCCAAACAAAUGUUUGAAAGUGUGUUUAAUGGUUAAACUCUUAUGCCCUCUCCCUUCUUGCUGCAGCAAUGUUGUCACCUGACCCAGUGAGUUAUUUAUUAUCUUUUUUUUAAUGUCUGGCUCAUUUGGGGUGAUGUGAUGACUGUUUAGGUUUACAUAAAUUUCCCUCCCUCUCCUCUGAAUUUCUUAGGUUCAUUGCCUGUUUAAACUGGUUUGUAAAAGGGAAGCAGCCUUUAGGGUGCAGUGAGUAGGGGGAGGUGGGAGUAUGGAAUGAAGGAGGCUUUUCAAAGCCUGUUGAUGGAGCCUUUGAAUUCUGGAAUCAGAAUCUGGACCAUUUUCAUAAAAGAGGGGAUGGGUUCUUGUAGCUUUUUCCUUGCCCAGAACAUAGUACUGGUUGAUCUUUAUGAUAUAUUUGGAUACACUUUAGGGUGACUGAUCUCCCAGACUGGACCAUGAGGAGCUGGUUUCUUGUCCAAACCUAAUCCCAGUGAAGGGAUCAUCUGUUAAAUUUUGGUUUUAAUAAAUUAGUUUGGUAAGGAAGAGAGGAUGGCACCGGGGACUUAACAACAGUGUACAAAUCUGCUUCUGAUGCUUUUGAACUUACUCAAAAGAGAAUCUGUCAAGUGAAAACUUUUUUAUGCCCUUUUAUAGUAAAAUUUGUUUCUUAAUAUUUAAGCCCACUUUCUGCCCAUGUGCUGCACAUCCUUUGGUUUGGGCAUGGUCUGGUCAUUUCUAGCUCUUGCCUCCUUUACUAGAGAGCUUGAACUUACAUCUUUGCAGGAAUGAUGUUUUGUGGAGUUUCUGCAGUGAAUGUUUUUCUAUUGAACUUAAACCCAUUUUGUAUUGAAACUUUUUAAAGCCCUGAACUUGACGAGUUUUCCUUUAAAAAAAAAAAAAGAGGAAAAAAAAUCUACAUUUUAAAACUACCACAAAGUAAAUAGAUGAUAUUGGAGUACUACGGUAAGACUGAAGGGUAUUUGGCUGAUUUCCCUGGAUUAGCCACAGCUAAGCCUUGUGGCUGCUUAGCUGAGGCCAGCUUCACUGAAGGCCUUCGGUUGCCCCAGCAGGUUUAAUUGCAGUUUUAAAACUGAAAAAGUACUUCCUUUGCCUGAAAAUACUAGAGUGAAGACCAGAGGGCUCUUCUCAUUUCAGCUUGUUUUACAGUCCCUCAUUCUUGAAGCGAAAUCUCAGGCAUUGUUUGGGCAGGCAGACACGGUUGCUUCUAGGGGAGCAGAGCUCAUCACAUCCCAUAAGCAGCAGUCCAGUUGAAAAGGGGGUGAGGGAAGCCAUAAAAAUCCUCUAGAUCUUAGAGGGGCUGAAUUCCUUUCCUAGCCUAAAAAGAAGGCAUUCCGUAUAGAUGUACUGUAAUAUGGGUUUGGUUUUUGUUUAUUUUAAAUAAAAAUAAGUUUUUUUCAGAGGAGCCAUUUAAAAAAAUAUUUUUAAUGAACCAUUCGUUAUAAAAAUGUAACACAAAAGCAGUUCAGAUUGCAAAUGAGCCAGAAAAUGGAGUGUUAAGUCAAGUACGUGCUGUUCCUACCUCCCCAUUUUGUGUCCCUGUUGUACAGCAAGGAGUUAAGAUGUGUCUGUAAUAGCUCUGGAUUGAUUGUGGUCAUGAAUAAAGUUAAGCAUAGGCUUUGA